AUGCCCACUGUUAAAUGCUUAAUAGCAGUUGCUGUAAAGAGACAAUGGCCUUUUUUUCAACUAGAUGACAGUAAUGCCUUUCUUCAUGGUGACCUAGUUGAGGAGGGUUCUCCUGGGUCUUUCACAACCUUGGAUGUGUAUGUUGAUGAUAUAAUUCUUACAGGGGAUGAUGCUACUGAAAUCUCUGAUUUGAAACAGUUUCUCCAUGCCCAAUUCAAGAUCAAAGACUUGGGUCUUCUAUUGAAUAAGAAAAAAUCUGUAUCUGAUUUGCUCUCUGAAUAUAAAUGUGAAAUUGUUUCUCUUGUUGCUUGCCCUUUGGAACUUCAUGAGAAGGUAUCCGCUGAUAGUGGCGAAAUCUUGGAUAAACCUGAAUCCUUUUGGAGUUUGGUUGUCAAGUUGCUUUUCUUGACCCAUACUAGGCCGGAUAUAUGUUUUGUUGUACAACAUCUUAGCCAGUUUCUAAAGUGUCCUCGCGUUCCUCAUAUGUCUGCUGCAUUACACAUACUGAGGUAUUUUAAAGGUACAUUAGAUAUUGGUCUUUUCUACUCCAAUAGUGAUUGGGCUGCUUGUGUUGAUACACGGCGAUCUAUUACUGGUUUUUGUAACUUUUUAGGUGAAAGUUUGAUUGGCUGGAAGUCCAAGAAACAACCUGUUGUCUCUCUUUCUUCUACUAAAGCAGAAUAUCGAGCCAUUAGUAAGGUUGUGGCUGAAUUAACUUGGAUGGUUCGACUCUUGUCUGAUCUACAUGUUCCUGUCUCUCUUCUAAUUUCUGUUUUUUGUGAUAAUCAAGCUGCUAUACAUAUUGCUAAGAAUCCGGUCUUCCAUGAACGUACAAAACAUAUUGAAGUGGAUUGUCACUUCAUUCUCUCCAAGUUGGGUGAAGGCCUGAUUCAAUUGGGUCAUGUAUCUACUUCCAAGUAG